CGGCAAGCAGGCAGGCAGGCAGCAGGCGGGGUCCCCUGCCCGCCCGCUCUGACGUCAGGAAACUUUGUCGGCGGCUUGAGGCGGGAGCUGGCCGGAGCGGGCGCCGUGUGCCGGCGCGGCGGGGCAGCGGGACGGCUUCCAUCACCUCCAUCACCUCCAUCCCCUCGUCAGGCUGUGAUCCAAGAGUUUGGGGUGCAGAAAUCCCUUCUAGAGCUUGACAAGCACUUUCUGUGCUGAAGAUGGGGAAGUAGCACAUGAGAAACUGUAAAGUAGCACUGACAAACCUUCAAAAACACUGACAAACAAGUGAUAUGUUCCACGUGAGAAUUAUUCUCUGCUCUACACCUUGGCAAGACAUCUGAAUGCAGAAGGGUUAAAGUGGGGAGAAAAAGAAACAAACCCAGAAGCAGAGUUGACUGGAGAGAUUUUUCAACAUGAAUCGUGCUUUUAGCAGGAAGAAAGACAAAACAUGGAUGCACACUCCCGAAGCCUUAUCAAAGCAUUAUAUUCCCUAUAAUGCAAAGUUUCUUGGCAGUACAGAAGUGGAGCAGCCCAAAGGCACAGAAGUUGUAAGAGAUGCUGUUAGAAAAUUGAAGUUUGCAAGACAUAUCAAGAAAUCUGAAGGCCAGAAGACCCCUAAAGUUGAACUGCAAAUCUCAAUCUAUGGUGUAAAAAUCCUAGAUCCGAAAACAAAGGAAGUCCAGCACAACUGCCAGCUCCAUAGGAUAUCAUUUUGUGCUGAUGAUAAAACUGACAAGAGAAUAUUCACUUUCAUAUGCAAGGACUCAGAAUCAAAUAAGCAUCUGUGCUAUGUAUUUGACAGUGAAAAGUGUGCAGAAGAGAUAACUUUAACAAUUGGUCAAGCAUUUGACUUAGCUUACAGGAAAUUUCUGGAAUCCGGAGGAAAAGACGUUGAAACAAGGAAACAAAUUGCAGGUUUACAGAAAAGAAUUCAAGAAUUAGAAACUGAAAACACAGAACUGAAAAAUAAAGUUCAAGAUCUGGAAAACCAGCUGAGAGUAACACAAGUCCACGCAUCUCCACUGCUGCACAUAAAAUGUGAUAAUGAUGAACAUAUGUUUCAAAGACCCUCUGCUUUUUUCUGGUGUAACAAUGAGGAUUCACCUCCUUGUUUAGAUAUCUCUUCCAUUACGCUUACUCCUAGGAGUUCUCCUGACUCUAGGCUACCACCUGGAUUGUUAAUACCACCACCUUCAAAAAGUGGUCUUCCAAAACCAACCAGUGAAUACAGCUGCCCAAGACCUCGUGCAGGCAGUGUGACACCUAAAUCACCCUCCACUGACAUCUUUGAUAUGGUUCCCUUUUCUCCCAUAUCCCCUCAGUCAUCAACACCUACUCGCAAUGGUACACAGCCUCCUCCAGUACCCAGUAGAUCUACAGAGAUCAAGAGAGACCUUUUUGGAGCAGAACCUUUUGACCCUUUUAGCUGCGGAGCAGGAGAUUUCCCUCCAGACAUUCAGUCCAAACUAGAUGAGAUGCAGGAGGGGUUCAAAAUGGGAUUAACUCUUGAAGGCACAGUAUUUUGUCUCGAUCCACUAGACAGCAGGUGCUGAUGAAAAGGAACUAAACAUGGAAUUCCUACACAGUGGGGGUUUUUUUAAUUCUGAACACGUAUUCACAGAUAUUACCCAUGUGCCAAAACCUGCUUUUUUCAACAUGUAAACUCUUGUGAGGUUUGCUUCUGUAAAAGCCCCAUUUAGCUCCACCUUUCCCUGUACAAAUGUAAAAAGUUGUAUUUGGUUAUGAAAUAUGAAUUAAAUUACUCUGUUGUCUUUCUUUCUCUCCCAAAUUUUCUGUGCUAUGACCAUUAUCCUGGAGAAGUUCUUCAGGCAGCUCACAUGUACCUCUCUGUUUGCAGGACUGCAAGCAUGAUUUUUGCAUUCUACUAUACUUGGCAGCAUUCUGAAGUUACUUUUUUAAGCCUUUAUUUUCAAUUCAAGCAGUAAAAUGAUUAAUCUCUAGUGCAAAAAGUUCAAGUUGCAGUGAAAAAGCAGAAAAUAAUGACCAUUAAUCUGUGCUUAAAAGGUAAAUCUGGGUGCCAUGUAAUUGAUUCUCAUCACUGUGUAUUGUUUCUGUGCUGUAUAUACAUAAUUAGUUUAUAAAAAACAGAUUUAUAGGUCCAUAAUUCAUGUUUUAGAAACUAACAGAUUACUAGUCUGCUAAUUAAUGCUUAAUGAAGAUAGAAGAACUGCUGCAUUGCAGAAUGGGCAAAGUAACUACCCUUUGUUUUGAUAUCUUAUAGCUGAACUAUAAAUUACAUAAUUUGGAAAUCAUUACCUGAUAACCAUAAGUUGAAAAGUAGGUUAUGGUCUUGCAUUUACUUAGGAAAUGAUGUCAUUUUGUUCAUGAACAGGCCCAGUCCACUGAGCUCAGUUCUGUAAGUUCCUUUCAACACCUGAAUGUUUACACUCAGGCUCUCUUAAGUAUUUUUUCACUGUCUGCUUUAAGGUGAUAAUGUCUUCAUUUUGAAGCUUGCUGCAAGAACUCCAAGUUAGUAAAUCCUUCAUAGCCCCUGGCUGUUCAUGUUGCAGAAUUAACUGCACACCAGAUUCUCAGCUGCUGUUAAGUUUAGUGCUGACCCUUCUAUGCAUACUCCUCAUUAAUUUUUAACAUAAGCAAUAAAAUACAAAGUAUUAUCAUUAGUGUUUUGAUGCCCAAACUCCACAUUAGCUCAAUUCAAAAACUUUAAAAAUACUUUUCCCUCCAAAUACACAGUUGUGGAAACAACAAACACUUCAGGAUUUUUAAAAUACAUUUUCUUCCUUUUUUCAUGAGAGUUUUUCCUGAUACCUUCUUGUCCUUAGCUAUUACAGUUUACACCAAAAAUGCAUUUUUAAGUCCCUCAUCACAUCUUUAUUCCUUGUUCAGCAAAGUACUUUUGCAUAUACCUUUGAAGUCCACUGAAAUGAAGGGGAUUAUUCCUCUGCUGAGGUUGGCAUAUGCUCAGGUACCUUGAUGAAUGGGUGUCUUAAUGUCCUACACUACAUUAGUCUUCCUCUUCCUUUGUUCAACAUUCAUAUAGAGUAUUAUAUAUAAAUAUAUAUAUAUAAAAAAUAUAUAUAAAUCACUAACAAAUAGAAUAGUAUAUGUUUCAUAAAGAAAAGUCUUUAUAAUUUUGUUUGUCAUAUAGUAUUUUGGAAUUUGUAUAAUGAGGAUGUUUAGCAGCCAUAGCAAUGGCCUUUUGUAACAAAUAGAUUUUGUAUUUUUAUUGUACUUUAAAAAGCUUUACAUAAUAAGCAUCUAUUUAGUGGUCAUUUAUUAUCAAUGGUAACACAAAGAUAAUAUUUGCACAUUUUAAGAAACCUUUUUCUUUACUGAUUUUUAUGAUAGCUGAUUGCAAAUGGCAUGGUUAAGUGUUACAUUACUGAUCAACCCACACAAAAAAUACUUAAAUCAACACACCAGUGCAUUUUUAAUCAAAAGGUUAUGUGAUCCAAUUGGAAAUUGUAUUUGUAUGUAAUCUCCAAUGUCUGCUUAAUUUUGCCUACAAUAAAUGUUUUUAAAUAAA